AAUUGCGGGUUACGCAUGUUGGUCACCGUUGGGUGGUUGUAGAGACGCCCCUAGCUUUCACACUGGGAAAGGGGAGAGGAGCGAGUUAGGACAUCAUCUUUGAUUCACGGGUUUUGCUUGAACUUGUUUACACUAGUUUGGUUCUCCUCUCUAUUUCUUCUCCUUCUUUUUGUUGCGUCUGACAGAAAUAGAGCUUGAGGUCUGCUGUCAUGGGUUCCUGCCUUAGUUCUAGGAUCAAAGCUGACAGCCCGCUUCAUAAUGGAAACUCUAAUAGCAAGGUGUCAUCUAUCUCGGUACCUUCAACCCCUCGAACAGAGGGUGAGAUCUUGAUGUCCUCCAACUUGAAGAACUUCUUCUUUAAUGAACUGAAAACAGCCACCAGGAACUUUCGUCCUGACAGUAUGGUGGGUGAAGGUGGUUUUGGCUGUGUUUUUAAGGGCUGGGUUGAUGAGAAUGCAUUAACAGCUGCCAAGCCUGGUACUGGAAUGGUUAUUGCUGUGAAGAGGCUGAACCAAGAAGGUCUUCAGGGUCACAAGGAAUGGUUGACGGAAAUCAACUAUCUAGGACAGCUUCGACACCCAAAUCUUGUGAAGCUGAUUGGUUACUGCUUGGAGGACGACCACCGGCUAUUGGUGUAUGAAUUCAUGCCUCGUGGAAGCUUGGACAAUCAUCUAUUUAGAAGGGCUUCCUACUUUCAACCGCUUUCAUGGUCCCUUCGUAUGAAUAUUGCCCUUGGUGCUGCUAAGGGUCUAGGAUUUCUUCACAGUGAUGAGGCAAAAGUGAUCUAUCGGGACUUUAAAACUUCUAAUAUCCUGUUGGAUUCAGCCUACAAUGCCAAGCUCUCUGAUUUUGGCUUAGCCAAGGAUGGACCAGCAGGUGAUAGAAGCCACGUCUCAACAAGGGUCAUGGGAACAUAUGGUUAUGCGGCUCCUGAGUAUAUGGCUACAGGUCAUUUAACUGCCAAAAGUGAUGUGUAUAGUUUUGGAGUUGUAAUGCUCGAAAUGUUGUCUGGAAGACGAGCUGUUGACAAGAACCGGCCUACUGGGGAACACAGCUUAGUUGAAUGGGCCAAGCCUUACCUUGCCAGCAAACGCAGAGUUCUCCAAAUUUUUGAUGCUCGUAUUGACGGCCAGUACCCCGAAGCUUCAGCUCUCAAAGCUGUUAACCUUGCAAUUCGAUGCUUAUCAACAGAACCCAAGUUUAGGCCAGUCAUGAGUGAAGUGGUGAAAUCAUUGGAGCAGCUUCAGGAACCUGAAGACAUGGAGGGUCCAGAAUCCUCUCAAAAUGAACCUCGCCAAAAUCUCCAUGCCAGUUCAAGUAAUGGUCCCCAAAAUCGAAGGAGAAGUAUGAACAGAACAAGCAAUGCAAAAAAUGCUUAUCUUCAAAGGCCAGCUGCUUCACGCGGAAAUACAUAAGAGAUCCAUGCACGGUUUAUUAUUCGUUUCAUUUAUUUAAAGCAAAAUGGUGUUUCAUACCAUAGAGCGAGGGGACAGAGAAAGAGGGGGAGGAGAACUAGGAGGGCACAUAUAUAUUGGACACUGUAAACUUGUAAUGAAUAUAUUCUACGAUGAUGAACUAUUGUAGAGA